AUGUUUGGGUCAGAGAGCUGCAGUCCUCUGAUGAUGGCAGCACAAGAAGAAGCAGAGCUCUGUUUUCCACACCUAAACAACUCCUGCAGGAGGAUAACAUCUUCUUUGUCAAAAACUGUGCUGCUGAACACUUUGCUUUCCUUCGUUGCUCUGGUUACUGCAGUUCUCAAUCUGCUCAUCAUCAUUUCUAUUUCCCAUUUCAGGAAUCUACACACCACAACUAACCUCCUUCUUCUUUCGCUGGCUGUGUCUGAUUUUCUUGUGGGUUUCGUGUUGAUGCCUGGAGAAAUCUUUCGAAACACAGCUUGCUGGUUCCUUGGGGAUAUUAUGUGUUCUCUCUAUAGUUACCUGGUGUGUCAAAUAGUUUCUGGAUCUAUUGGAAGCAUUGUUCUGAUAUCAUUUGAUCGUUAUGUAGCAAUCUGUCAUCCCCUUCAUUAUGUAACCAGGAUCACUUUAAGAAGAGUCAAGUGCUGUAUUGGUAUGUGUUGGCUUAGUGCAGGUUUUUACAGCAUUUUCUAUAUGAAAGAUGAGCUGAUUCAACCAGGCAGAAGAAAAUCUUGCUUUGGAGACUGUACAUUGGUCAUAAGUUAUGUGACUGGAACUGUUGACCUUAUUUUGAGUUUUAUAUUUCCAGUUUCAAUUAUUAUACUUCUGUAUAUAAAAGUAUUUAUAGUGGCUUUGUCUCAGGCUCGUGCCAUGCGCUCUCACAUUACAGCUUUCACACUUAAUCGUUCAGUAAACUUAGCACAAAAACGAUCAGAAUUAAAAGCUGCCAGGACUCUGGGUGUUCUAAUUGUCGUAUAUCUAAUGUGUUACUGUCCAUAUUACAGUUACUCCCUUGUUGAAAUAAAUGUGACCAGUACUGCAUAUGCACCAUUUUUGAUCUUUCUUUUUUAUUUUAACUCCUGUCUAAACCCCUUGAUAUAUGCCUUGUUCUAUCCAUGGUUCAGAAAAGCUAUUAAGCUCAUUGUCACUCUGCAGAUACUGCAGCCUGGCUCCUGUGAAGUCAACAUACUAUAG